UAGAAACCUAAAAAAACAUUUUCGGGGAUUAUCAGUCAUUAUCUGGUUGUUUUUCAUGAUCGCUUUCGUUGUUAGAAAAGCCCUACCUCUGUCGAAGUUCCUCUGUUCUUAGUUUUUGCCGUUUCUAAAAAGGAGACAGAGAGCGCGCAGAUUCGUUAUCCAUUCAUUUAGUUAACGACUGCUUUGACUGCGGACUAUCCAGUCUACCACCAUCAUAAUGUGGGAUGAAAUCUACCAGGCCAACAGUGUGGAUGUUGUAGGCGAUGACGGCAUUCUUCGUUACGGACGCGUUGUGGAUGAGGCUGACACAGGACUUUUCAUCGACUUCCUCUGUCCCAAGCGAAAUCGGGAAUUCACUCCUUUUCAUAGCAUCUAUCUCCCCACUGCUACGGAAUCUUUGCAUGUGCCUCACAGUCAGCCCCAUCCUUACACCCAGAUCCCCGUGGAAGCGCUGGUACGUGAAACCCGCUACGGUCCCUGGAUGUGGGUCCCGGCUGAAAUGGACAGUCUGCUGAGCGCCCGCAAGCCUUAUACUUAUAGGUUCCACAUUCGCAAACCCAGUGGGUUCGACAUGGUCGUUGUCCGCUGGUGGAACAACGGGGAGUCCCGCGGCGUCCUCCCCAUGGCGCGCCUGCGUUGGAGGCACCCGGGACCUGGUGGAUGGUGGGGCGCGACGGGACGGCCGGUUCCCCCGCAGUUCGUAUCCCACCUGACUGGUUCUGCUGAGGGGAACCCUGAGGGCGUCAUAUUUACUCCGCCGCGGGCCGUCGUCGAAGGGGACUUUUCCAAGUGGAACACGCCAUUGCCCAGUGGCUUUGAUGGUCGGGUUGUCAGACAGCACCUUGAUCGUUUAAACAUGGAACUGAUGUCGUACAUGGGACGGAACUUUAGUUCGACGUGUGCUCCGUUCUGCUGUGUUGACAUUGCGGUUGGACGCGUGAGGUGUAUUAAACGCCUUGCACUGGAUAAAGUUAGGGACAACGGCCCGAAGGAGGCUGCCCUGUAUGACUGUCUGAAGUCUUUGCAGAAAUUUUUGGACAAUGAGGCGCAAUCUGGACGGCCAGAACACCCCAUGUCCAACGAGGGCCACUGCGAUGCAGCCACGCACAACGACAGCCCAAUGGGUGAAUUCAGUGCGCUGUCGGUGGACGUGUGGGUGGAGUUAUUUUCCCACCUGGACGCGUGGGAUCAGAACCGUCUUCGCGCGGUACACCCUGCCUGGAAUGCCAUGCUGGACUCGCCGGUCUUGACUGCCCAGAUCGUUCUGGCGCCGGGGGACAGUGGUACAGGCAGGGUCUCGCGUGAUCAUCUCCUCUCCAUGAUGUCGACGGUAUUCCACUGUCUGCGCCCAUCCACCAAGUCCAUUCUGCUGACCGCCGGACAACAGGAGUUUUCCGUAAAAGAUUUCUUUAAACUGGUGAAUGUGAUCAAUUACGUUGCGAAGCACCACACCGGGAUGCGGUUGUCAGCGGUCUAUCUGGUGAAUUUUCGGUGCCAAUUCCUUUGUCGCCGGAAUGAUUAUGUACGCGGUGGGUGCUACUUGCAUCCAGUCCCUCGCAAAAGUCUCGGCGGCGGGGGUAGGAUUGAAUAUCUCCUCAAAGAUUUCAUCGGAGCAUGUACUUCUCUUCCGUGCGGCAGUAUGCGGCUGGCCGGCUGCGCAGUCCAUCUGGCCAUCGAGGAGGGAGAGUGUUGUCUCCUCAUAACACCUACCGCAUCGCCGCACGCCGUGACGUCACGGCUGCCGUUGGGUGAGGCUUUUGAAUGUGCGCUGUGGGAUGCGUUGGAUGGGAAUGCGGCCGUGCCGGACCAGCAACAGCUGGACACGCUGUCCAAAUGGUUGACGGCGGAUGAUAGCCGUUACCGCACCAAGAACGCCUGCCAUAUUUUGUGUCAGACGCAGACAGCGGAUCCGCGAGCGUCUUCCAAUUUCCGCGAGAAGAAAUGGUGCUUUGACGGGUGGAGAGACGUGAAGUUGUGGAAAGACUUGAAGUGGGAACAACUGUCCCGUGUCGCGCUGCAUUCCCUUAUUCAACUGAUGGAAGAAGAAGUAGAGGAAGAAAAGCAAAGGAAUCUACGAAAAACGAUCGAAGAACACGGCGCAGAAGAGAAAGAAGGACAAGAAGAAAAUCUUAGGAAGCGUAAGAAAUUUUAAAGUCUCUUGCUCCAUGAUGUCCGUUUUAUCGGAAUGUAUUAUCCGGACUCCAAUCGUCUUGCAUCUCAAGUGACGAGUAGUUUUAUGUUUUUGGGAUAUGAUAAAUAAAUUGAUUCCGUAUAAUUUUGUUGCGCUGUUUGCUCUCUCCAUGACAUACUAUCGUUUCUGCUGUGGGUUACUGUGGAUGCAUUUGUUAAAAUCUGCGACAGUAUUGAAGUUUAUACGUACUUACCUGGUAAUAGUGUGGAAUUAAUAAAA